CUUCGUUAGGAAUGACGCAUCUCUUCUUCUUAAUAUUUCGUACGGACACCAACUGCUCCCGAAAAUUCAUCCAAUUUUUCAUCUGUUCCUCCGGAAGCUCGUCAUCCCAAUUUAGCUUCAAUCGCCAAAGUUCCUGCAUGAAUCCAACCGACGGAGGCCAACGGCGAGCGGAUAUCCAACAGCAGCAAAAUUUUCCGGCGGAGAGCGAUCAUUCGAGCCGGUGAACGAUGAGGAAUAUCCCGCUCAAAAUUGAAGCAAAAAAAAUGUUGCGCUAUCAUCAACCGAGAAAUAUUAUCAUAAUAGUGAUUUAUUCGAUCGCCAAAUGGCUCGUGAAAUUUGUGCAGUAGACAAGGGAGAACAGAACAGUGGACUAUCGGACCAUCCCCGGCCGGUACACUCGCCGGCCAGCGGUGGAGAAUUUUUGGCUAAUGGCGAAACUAAUUAAACGUAAUUGCUGCGAAAUUAACACGGGUGAUAAAAAGGAAACGACGAUUUCAUGAAUAUAAUUUUAAGUUCGACUCCUAGUGAUAGAAAAACAGCUUCCGAAAAUCGAUUUCAAGCAAUGGCCGCAGCAGCAAUAGAGCAAUACAAUUGAGCGGCGGCACAACUCACUAAUUUCAGCUCAAGCCCGGAGCAAUCAAUAAUGAAUAAUGCUACUGAUUUCUACUGGGAAUUGUCACAACUGAUAAGGCUUAGCAAUCUCAGCUACUAUAAUGUAUCAAAUAGUGGCGAAACUUCGGUGACACUGGAUGCGGUCGACUGCUGUACCACUGAGCCGAAUUUUUCAGAGUACCUGGAUGCCCUGCCAAACGACAGGGCUGGAUUGUUAGCGUUUUUAUUUCUAUUUUCUUUCGCAACCGUUUUCGGCAACUCGCUAGUCAUCCUGGCCGUUAUUCGGGAAAGGUAUCUUCACACGGCCACAAACUACUUCGUGACCAGCCUCGCAGUGGCGGACUGUCUCGUUGGAUUGGUCGUGAUGCCAUUUUCCGCGUUAUAUGAAGUGCUGCAGAAUACGUGGUUCUUCGGAGAAGAUUGGUGUGAUAUUUGGCGCUCGUUAGACGUAUUGUUUAGUACUGCUUCCAUUCUGAACCUUUGUGUGAUAUCUCUUGAUCGGUACUGGGCCAUUACGGAUCCAUUUUCCUAUCCGAUGAAGAUGACUCGAAAGAAAGCAGCUGCCCUAAUAGCAGCAGUGUGGAUAUGCUCAAGUGCGAUCAGUUUUCCCGCGAUCGUGUGGUGGAGGGCCGCACGAGAAGGCGACAUGCCUCCUUACAAGUGUACGUUCACCGAACAUCUCGGUUAUCUGGUGUUCUCCUCCACCAUAUCGUUCUAUCUUCCACUGCUGGUGAUGGUGUUCACGUACUGUAGAAUUUAUCGAGCGGCCGCCAUACAAACGCGUUCGCUGAAACUGGGAACUAAGCAAGUGCUGAUGGCAUCUGGUGAGCUGCAGCUAACACUUCGAAUACACAGAGGUGGUACCACUCGGGAAAGACCGAAUCAUCAGCAGCAGCAGCAGCAACAACAACAUCAGCAUCAUCAGCAUCAAGACCAUCAGCAGCAUACCGCCAAUUCAACGCCGGAGGAACCUGACGAGGAACCACUCUCGGCGCUGCAAAACAAUGGCCUUGGAGCGCGCCACCGGACGCACAUGGGCAAGAACUUUUCUCUGUCGCGAAAGCUGGCCAAGUUCGCUAAAGAGAAGAAGGCCGCCAAAACACUCGGCAUUGUGAUGGGUGUGUUCAUAGUUUGUUGGCUUCCAUUUUUUGUUGUGAAUCUGCUCUCCGGGUUCUGUAUGCAGUGUAUAGCGCACGAGGAAAUAGUGUCGGCCGUGGUCACGUGGCUGGGGUGGAUCAACUCUAGCAUGAAUCCGGUAAUCUACGCUUGUUGGAGCAGAGAUUUCAGAAGGUGA